AUGCACACCACGCAGAAGGACACGACCUACACGAAGAUUUUUGUCGGGGGUCUUCCGUAUCACACCACAGAUUCCAGUCUCAGGAAAUAUUUUGAAGUGUUCGGAGAAAUUGAAGAAGCAGUCGUGAUUACCGACCGACAGACCGGCAAAUCCAGGGGGUAUGGAUUCGUAAGUAUCAAUAUAGUAUUUAUUUGUCAUAACUUUGAACAGAGACCUCACUUGCACUGUCUGUCAAAUGCCUGCAAUCUUUCAAAUGGCAGCAAAUCACGUCAUCGUGAUUAUGUCAAUGUCUCUAAGAGCAUUGAUGAGAGAAUGAUUGGCUACUAUACACCUGGUUUAGUGUCAUGGUCCCUCCCUCUUUGCAGCCAUUUAGUUUUAAACACAUUUAUGUGAAAUAUUAGCUUGUAGUUUCUGAUGAGUUGAAAAGUUUUCCUUGGGUUUCUGGUUCAACUUAUUUGAGAAAGGCCUACCACAGCCCCAAAAGCGCUUACAGAGAUGAAUUACUCUCAAAUAUAAUUAUUAUAGUCAUCAGCGCAGAAGCAGUUAAGAUCUUAAAGUAAACUUGUCCUCAGCCAAGUACAGAGGAAAACAAUGUACUGACAUCAAGAGGUUCAAUUAUUUUGAGUGAAUGAGUAUCUAUAGAUAGAUAAGUGUUCUAUCCAGCUUCUCCUCUGGAACACAAGGAAAUAACUCAUCAGCACCUAAGAUCUCAACUUACAAUAAAUAAUGAGGGUUACCUAUAUUUUAUAAAUAUUGAGUGACAGUUGGGCCCAAGUGUGAUAUCCAUAUUUUCUCAAAUAAUUGCCCCUUUAGCUAAUGAAUAUGAACAUUGGUGAAUGCUGAUCGUUUUGAUCAUACUUUAACCAUCCCACUUCAUCACCACUUUCACCCUUUAACCUGCUUCUUCCCUGUUCUCUCUCCCUCUCUGUGUAUCCCUGCAGGUUGACGAUGUGGAAACCAUAACAUCGGCGCAGAAGGACUGUAAAGUACCCAACCCACAUACAGAGGACAGAAAGCCAACGUCACGACAGCGACCGUUGGGGCAAAGCCACGGGUGAUGUCAAGCAUGUAAAGUUCACCACUCCACACAACACAGAACACCAUCAGCACCAAGACCACUCAAAAUACAGUUACCUAUACUUCAAUCAUGCACGCAGUGCCCAAGGGACUCACCACUUACCAAACACACCCCACAUUACAACACAACACACACAUGGUGAAUCUACACACACUUAACCACUCCCACUCAUCACCCAACACCACACACACCACACCCUGCCACCCCAUCCACCUACCACCACCCUCUCGUGCUUCCCUGCAGGUCACUGCACCGCCGCCACACACCUUAAAACCCAACCCCACACACUCACGCAGCAACACCAACUCAACCUGCGUCCUUGGGCCAAGCCACGCUGCAUGCCACCAGUAACACACCACACACCACACACCACACACACACACACACACACACACACACACACACACACACACACACACACACACACACACACACACACACACACACACACACACACACACACACACACACACACACACAGUACUUUUUCAGCUACCUGUUCUGUAUGUUAAUGUUCUGAGAACAUUGAGGGUGUGUCCUACAGAACAUGCACCAGGUCUCAUCUUAAAACUUUGCAUUUCUUUUUCAUAUUGUCCUAAUCUUUUCCACACAAAUCAUGCCUGGUUCAGAAUACCAUCAUGAUGAGCUCAAUACUUAUUUUAAUCCUUCUGUCACAUAAAUAUGGAAAAUAAAUGUGUUCAUUCAAUACAUGAUUCAGGAUGUCAUUAAAAUAACUAUUGUGUCUAGAAUGUUCUGAAUAUGUGUGUCCCAAAUGGCAGCUUGUUCCCUAUAUAGUGUACUUCUAUUGGUCCUGGUCAAAAGUAGUGCACUAAAAAUGUAGUGCACUAAAUGGACAAUAGGGUGCCAUUUGGGACUCACAUAAUGACAUGAAUAAGAUCAUCAAUUCAUUUUGACCAUUCCACAUCUCCAUCCAGGUUUCACCUUUGGUGUUCCACAAAUCCAUCCUGCCUUUAUCCAAAGGCCUUAUGGGUAAGUACAGCAGCAUCUUUGUGUUGAGGGGAUGGUUGGGUGUUGAUGGAUAUACAUUAACAAAUGACCUCAUAAAAAUUGAGCUACUGUAUAUGAAACCUCUCUGGUGUAACCUCACAGAAUCUAAAGAGCCAAUGUUCCUAAUUUGGCUGAAGUCUAGCAUUGUUAGAUAUGUUCAUACAAUGACAUGUAUGUUUAUAUAAUCUGUUUAUAUAAUUGUUUUCUGCUUACUCCUAUUUUUCUCCAUACUUACAUGAUUACAGUGCAUGAUAGUUAUGUUGAAACAAAACGUUUCACAAAUCCUCUUUCUUUUUAUCACUGACUACAAAGUUUACCAAAAUAUAAAUGUAAGGUUUGUGUGAGUGAAAGAGAAAGUGUGUGUUCAUUGUAUGAGUGUGUGUGUGUUAUUUGUUGAGUACAACUGAUGGAAAGUUACAGCCUCAAUGACUCAAUGUUAUCUAUCUCUCUGGUCCGACAGGCUCGAUAUGGGUUAAGAUAACUGGUGGUUUCAGGAUUAGUGCUGUGGGCAUGUCACAGAUCAGACCAGGGGAAUUACCUGUAAUCUCAAACACACACAAACAAGCUCAAAUGGUGAUUAUAGAUGCAUGUAUGUUGGUUUAAAAUUUUGGUUUUGAGUUUUAAUUUGAAUAGCAAUUAGAGCUUUGUGUGCUGUUUUACUGUUAUGAAGUGGUGUUGAUAGCUAAACCAUGUGUUUUCUAUUUAAUGAAAAGAAAAGAUGGAUUGAAGAUUUUGGGGGGUGUUCUUUUCCGUUUUUCUGGAAGAAUGUUGACUUUGUAAGGGAGAGCAAAGUUUAACAAAUAUAUAUUUAUUUGAUUAUUUUGUGCUGUAGCUUGUGAUUUACAUUUUCUUUGGUAACAGGAUGUUCUAUAUAUGUUUUUGGAUGUCUUGUUGGAGUGAGUGACGAUUUGCGGUGUGAUUUUUGUAUUACUUCCCACCACUCUCACCCCUACUCCAAACCAAACCAACCCCACCAAAACCUAUCAACAACUCAUUGCUUGCAUGUGUCUUUUUUAAUGACCUUCUUGGAAUUAAUAAUUCUAGCAUUAACACCUAAACUCUCAAACUCACUCUCUCUCUCUCUCUCUCUCUCUCUCAUAUUAUUUCCCUCUCCCUCCAUCUAUCUAUCUAUCCCUAUAUGGUAUACUUCAGACCCCUACGACUCUCAGGAGAGGUGCUGUGUCUCAUUCAGAGAUAAUGGUGUCUGUUCACAAGAAAGUAAUCAUUGGAAAAAUCACUAUCAAGGCACAUGGGAUGAGUACAUAUAUCUCCACACUGAAGGAGAUCUUUUUACUAGUUUAGUUGACGCAAAACACCUUACUAUCAUGUGUGUUUGUGUUAGGGUGUGUGUGUGUGUGUCUUGUGCGUAGUCCAGUCCAGUGGUAGAGCAGUGCCCCAAAAGCUCUACUGUGACACAAACAAAUGUCUGGAUGCCACAGCCUCUGAACAAGCUUUCGUCACAUGGGCUGCGGCGUUAAGGAAAACAAGCUUCUCCAUUGUGCCACACAAAGGCUGGACUGCUGACGCUGCAGUCGUAUGAAGCGUGCGCUGGGGAGCAGGGGGCUCGGGCUCUCUCUGUCAUGUCGGAAUGGGAUGCUCUUUAAAAACAGCAGGCCCAACACAUGCUGGCUAGAGGCCCUGGGAGGUUUAAAGGGCCACAGACAUACAUACUGUAGAUACAGCUGUGGUAGAUCAACCACAUCCAUACAUUAUAGCCCAAGGCCACAGACAUAGGGUAUGUCCCAAAUGCCACCCUAUUCGCUAUAUAGAGCACUACUUUUGACCGGGGCCCUGAUGAAAAAUAGUGCACUAUAUAGAGAGAAUAGGGUGCCAUAUGGGACACAACCAUAGAUAGAAACAGCUGUGGGAGGGCAGCAACCAGCUCCUUGGCCAUCACCACACUACAGCAUGUAGCAGCAGCAACCAGCUCCUUUUCCAUCACCACACUACAGCAUGUAGCAGCAGCAACCAGCUCCUUUUCCAUCACCACACUACAGCAUGUAGCAGCAGCAACCAGCUCCUUGGCCAUCACGGCACUACAGCAUGUAGCAGCAGCAACCAGCUCCUUGGCCAUCACCACACUACAGCAUGUAGCAGCACCAACCAGCUCCUUGGCCAUCACCACACUACAGCAUGUAGCAGCAGCAACCAGCUCCUUUGCCAUCACCACACUACAGCAUGUAGCAGCAGCAACCAGCUCCUUGGCCAUCACCACACUACAGCAUGUAGCAGCAGAAACCAGCUCCUUUGCCAUCACCACACUACAGCAUGUAGCAGCAGCAACCAGCUCCUUUGCCAUCACCACACUACAGCAUGUAGCAGCAAGCAACCAGCUCCUUGGCCAUCACCACACUACAGCAUGUAGCAGCAGAAACCAGCUCCUUUGCCAUCACCACACUACAGCAUGUAGCAGCAGCAACCAGCUCCUUUGCCAUCACCACACCACAGCAUGUAGCAGCAGCAACCAGCUCCUUGGCCAUCACCACACUACAGCAUGUAGCAGCAGCAACCAGCUCCUUUGCCAUCACUACACCACAGCAUGUAGCAGCAGCAACCAGCUCCUUGGCCAUCACCACAUUACAGCAUAUAGCAGCAGCAACCAGCUCCUUGGCCAUCACCACACUACAACAUGUAGCAGCAGCAACCAGCUCCUUGGCCAUCACCACACUACAGCAUGUAGCAGCAGCAACCAGCUCCUUGGCCAUCACCACACUACAGCAUGUAGCAGCAGCAACCAGCUCAUUGGCCAUCACCACACUAGAGCAUGUAGCAGCAGCAACCAGCUCCUUGGCCAUCACCGCACUACAGCAUGUAGCAGCAGCAACCAGCUCCUUGGCCAUCACCACACUACAGCAUGUAGCAGCAGCAACCUGCUCCUUGGCCAUCACCACACUACAAGCAUGUAGCAGCAGCAACCAGCUCCUUGGCCAUCACCACACUACAGCAUGUAGCAGCAGCAACCAGAUCCUUGGCCAUCACCACAUUACAGCAUGUAGCAGCAGCAACCAGCUCCUUGGCCAUCACCGCACUACAGCAUGUAGCAGCAGCAACCAGCUCCUUGGCCAUCACCACACUACAGCAUGUAGCAGCAGCAACCAGCUCCUUGGCCAUCACCACACUACAGCAUGUAGCAGCAGCAACCAGCUCCUUGGCCAUCACCACACUACAGCAUGCAGCAGCAGCAACCAGCUCCUUGGCCAUCACCACACUACAGCAUGUAGCAGCAGCAACCAGCUCCUUGGCCAUCACCACACUACAGCAUGUAGCAGCAGCAACCAGCUCCUUGGCCAUCACCACAUUACAGCAUAUAGCAGCAGCAACCAGCUCCUUGGCCAUCACCACACUACAGCAUGUAGCAGCAGCAACCAGCUCCUUGGCCAUCACCACACUACAGCAUGUAGCAGCAGGCACCAGCUCCUUGGCCAUCACCACACUACAGCAUGUAGCAGCAGAACCAGCUCCUUUGCCAUCACCACACACCACAGUAUGGUAGCAGCACAACCAGCUCCUUGCCAUCACUACACCACAGCAUGUAGCAGCAGCAACCAGCUCCUUGGCCAUCACCACACCAAAGCAUGUAACAGCAGCAACCACUCCUUGGCCAUCACCCCACUAUAGCAUGUAGCAGCAGCAACCAGCUCCCUUGGCCAUCACCACACUACAGCAUGUAGCAGCAAGCAACCCAGCUCCUUGGCCAUCCCACACACACUACAGCAUGUAGCAGCAGCAACCAGCUCCUUGGCCAUCACCACAUUACAGCAUAUAGCAGCAGCAACCAGCUCCUUGGCCAUCACCAACACUACAGCAUGUAGCAGCAGCAACCAGCUCCUUGGCCAUCACCAACACUACUUCAUGUGCAGCAGCACCAGCUCCUUGGCCAUCACACACUACAGCAUGUAGCAGCAGCACACUACAGCAUGUAGCAGCAGCAACCAGCUCUGGCCAUCACCACACUACAGCAUGUAGCAGCAGCAACCAGCUCAUUGGCCAUCACCACACUACAGCAUGUAGCAGCAGCAACCAGCUCCUUGGCCAUCACCGCACUACAGCAUGUAGCAGCAGCAACCAGCUCCUUGGCCAUCACCACACUACAGCAUGUAGCAGCAGCAACCAGCUCCUUGGCCAUCACCACACUACAGCAUGUAGCAGCAGCAACCAGCUCCUUGGCCAUCACCACACUACAGCAUGUAGCAGCAGCAACCAGCUCCUUGGCCAUCACCACACUACAGCAUGCAGCAGCAGCAACCAGCUCCUUGGCCAUCACCACACUACAGCAUGUAGCAGCAGCAACCAGCUCAUUGGCCAUCACCACAUUACAGCAUAUAGCAGCAGCAACCAGCUCCUUGGCCAUCACCACACUACAGCAUGUAGCAGCAGCAACCAGCUCCUUGGCCAUCACCACACUACAGCAUGUAGCAGCAGCAACCAGCUCCUUUGCCAUCACCACACUACAGCAUGUAGCAGCAGAAACCAGCUCCUUUGCCAUCACCACACCACAACAUGUAGCAGCAGCAAGCAGCUCCUUUGCCAUCACCACACCACAGCAUGUAGCAGCAGCAACCAGCUCAUUUGCCAUCACUACACUACAGCAUGUAGCAGCAGCAACCAGCUCCUUGGCCAUCACCACACCAAAGCAUGUAACAGCAGCAACCAGCUCCUUGGCAAUCACCACACAAUAGCAUGUAGCAGCAGCAACCAGCUCCUUGGCCAUCACCACACUACAGCAUGUAGCAGCAGCAACCAGCUCCUUGGCCAUCACCACACUACCAGCAUGUAGCAGCAGCAAACCAGCUCCUUGGCCAUCACCACAUUACAGCAUACAGCAGCAGCAACCAGCUCCUUGGCCAUCACCACACUACAGCAUGUAGCAGCAGCAACCAGCUCCUUGGCCAUCACCACACUACAGCAUGUAGCAGCAGCAACCAGCUCCUUGGCCAUCACCAAUACAGCAUUGCACAGCAACCGAUCCGUUGGCCAUCACCAACACUUACAGCAUGUAGCCAGCAAGGCAACCAGACUCCUUGGCCAUCACCGCACUACAGCAUGUAGCAGCAGCAACCAGCUCCUUGGCCAUCACCACACUACAGCAUGUAGCAGCAGCAACCAGUCUCCUUGCCAUCACCACACUACAGCAUGCAGCAGCAGCAAACCAGGUCCUUGGCCAUCACCACACUACAGCAUGUAGCAGCAGCAACCAGCUCAUUGGCCAUCACCACACUACAGCAUGUAGCAGCAGCCACCAGCUCCUUGGCCAUCACUACACUACAGCAUGUAGCAGUAGCAACCAGCUCCUUGGCCAUCACCACACUACAGCAUGUAGCAGCAGCAACCAGCUCCUUGGCCAUCACCACACUACAGCAUGUAGCAGCAGCAACCAGCUCCUUGGCCAUCACCACACUACAGCAUGUAGCAGCAGCAACCAGCUCCUUUGCCAUCACCACACUACAGCAUGUAGCAGCAGCAACCAGCUCCUUGGCCAUCACCACACUACAGCAUGUAGCAGCAGCAACCAGCUCCUUGGCCAUCACCACACUACAGCAUGUAGCAGCAGCAACCAGCUCCUUGGCCAUCACCACACUACAGCAUGUAGCAGCAGCCACCAGCUCCUUGGUCAUCACCACACUACAGCAUGUAGCAGCAGCCACCAGCUCCUUGGCCAUCACCACACUACAGCAUGUAGCAGCAGCAACCAGCUCCUUUGCCAUCACCACACUACAUCAUGUAGCAGCAGCAACCAGCUCCUUGGCCAUCACCACACUACAGCAUGUAGCAGCAGCAACCAGCUCCUUGGCCAUCACCACACUACAGCAUGUAGCAGCAGCAACCAGCUCCUUGGCCAUCACCACACUACAGCAUGUAGCAGCAGCAACCAGCUCCUUGGCCAUCACCACACUACAGCAUGUAGCUGCAGCAACCAGCUCCUUGGCCAUCACCACACUACAGCAUGUAGCAGCAGCAACCAGCUCCUUGGCCAUCACGGCACUACAGCAUGUAGCAGCAGCAACCAUCUCCUUGGCCAUCACGGCACUACAGCAUGUAUCAGCAGCAACCAGCUCCUUGUCCAUCACCGCACUACAGCAUGUAGCAGCAGCAACCAGCUCCUUUGCCAUCACCGCACUACAGCAUGUAGCAGCAGCAACCAGCUCCUUGGCCAUCACCACACUACAGCAUGUAGCAGCAGCAACCAGCUCCUUGGCCAUCACCACACUACAGCAUGUAGCAGCAGCAACCAGCUCCUUUGCCAUCACCACACUACAGCAUGUAGCAGCAGCAAGCAGCUCCUUGGCCAUCACCACACUACAGCAUGUAGCAGCAGCCACCAGCUCCUUGGUCAUCACCACACUACAGCAUGUAGCAGCAGCCACCAGCUCCUUGGCCAUCACCACACUACAGCAUGUAGCAGCAGCAUCCAGCUCCUUUGCCAUCACCACACUACAGCAUGUAGCAGCAGCAACCAGCUCCUUGGCCAUCACCACACUACAGCAUGUAGCAGCAGCAACCAGCUCCUUGGCCAUCACCACACUACAGCAUGUAGCAGCAGCAACCAGCUCCUUGGCCAUCACCACACUACAGCAUGUAGCAGCAGCAACCAGCUCAUUGGCCAUCACAACACUACAGCAUGUAGCAGCAGCAACCAGCUCCUUGGCCAUCAACACACUGCAGCAGCCACCAGCUCCUUGGUCAUCACCACACUACAGCAUGUAGCAGCAGCCAUCCGCUCCUUGGCCAUCACCACACUACAGAAUGUAGCAGCAGCAACCAGCUCCUUUGCCAUCACCACACUACAGCAUGUAGCAGCAGCAACCAGCUCCUUGGCCAUCACCACACUACAGCAUGUAGCUGCAGCAACCAGCUCCUUGGCCAUCACCACACUACAGCAUGUAGCUGCAGCAACCAGAUCCUUUGCCAUCACCACACUACAGCAUGUAGCAGCAGCCAUCCGCUCCUUGGCCAUCACCACACUACAGAAUGUAGCAGCAGCAACCAGCUCCUUUGCCAUCACCACACUACAGCAUGUAGCAGCAGCAAUCAGCUCCUUUGCCAUCACCACACUACAGCAUGUAGCAGCAGCAACCAGCUCAUUGGCCAUCACCACACUACAGCAUGUAGCAGCAGCAACCAGCUCCUUUUCCAUCACCACACUACAGCAUGUAGCAGCAGCAACCAGCUCCUUGGCCAUCACCACACUUUAG